ACUGCCAGAGGGAGCAGGCGGUACACGCUUCCUCUCUCUCUCUCUUGUUGUAUUAAUGAUGCCUCUCACACUCUUCAUGUGCAACAUACAUUAUCUGCUGGAUAUGCCAUGUUGCGCGUCGCAUUUGUUGCUGCGGCUAAAAUUGUAUCGAACUCUUAUAUCAAGGAGGUAUUGAGAACAUCGAUCCGUGGCAGAAUGUCUGGUGCUGGGGUGUUUCCAGGCGACCCUUGCGUCACUGCUCGUCUGUUUGAGCAGACGCAGGUGCACAAACGCUUCACUAGAAUUGACUUGCCAACGUACUCGCUGGAGAUGCUGGAGAAGGGACCGAAGGCAAAGUUCACCGUGUGUGUGGAGGGGAACAUUGGGAGUGGCAAGUCGACGCUGCUAGAGCACUUCUCCAAGUUUGAUGAUGUUGAGGUAUUGCAGGAGCCCGUCGAGAAAUGGCGGGAUGUUCGAGGCUGUAACCUCCUGGACUUGAUGUACAAGGACCCUUGUCGAUGGGCACACACAUUCCAAGCCUAUGUGCAGAUGACCAUGCUAGAGCUGCAUCUGCAGUCCACAUCAUCGCCUGUUAAACUUAUAGAAAGGUCUCUGUACAGUGCCAGGUAUUGUUUUGUUGAGAAUCUGUACAAGAGUGGAAAAAUGUCUGAUGCUGAGCACAGUGUAUACUGUGAGUGGUACAACAUGAUCACACAGCACCUUAGUGUUGACAUUGAUCUCAUUGUAUACCUGAGAACGAACCCAAAGAAGCUCUACAGACGUAUUAAGGAUCGUGCACGUUCUGAGGAGCAGGCAAUUCCCCUUCAGUACCUGGAAGAUCUUCACAACCUACAUGAGGAGUGGCUAAUGGAAAAGAAGCAUCCUCUGCCUGCUCCUGUUCUUGUCCUGGAUGCCAAUGACAACUUGGCUGCUAUGUACAAAAAAUUCGAAGAGCACACGGCAGACAUUCUGUGUCAAAAAUUGGCUGGGGGAGGAAGUGUUCCGAGAGCUUCGGAUAUUAUUUCGCCAGCAUCUCCAAUCAAAGCUGUUAACUAAGCUGGGAUAGAUGCUCACCUUCAUGCAUUACUCUUGUUUACCACGUGGUGAAGCACACAAUUAUUUCCUUUCUUGCAAUGUGUGUAUAUGUUGUGCAGUGCUAGUCAUUAACUAGGACAGGACUGCUUAGUGUACUGUGUGAUUAUGAGAAAUCCUCCAAUUUUAUUCUCUCGUCAUUAACAAACAAAUCUUUAAAGUUUAGAAAAUAAUCUGAUUUUAUUCACUUCAUAUUUCAUCAUUGUUGGUUAGUCCUGUUUGCUGAAUCUGUGUAGGCUUGAAGUUUGGAGUUGCCAAACAUUAACCUUAAUGGACAACAGACAGUGAGGAGCUGAAGGGAGAAUGUGUGGCAGUGUUUUAUGUGAUGCAGUAUUAAUUUUUAAGGGACCAAUUGACCCAGUUGUGUAUGUACAGUAUGUUACUUUUUCUAAAGUUUCUACUUAGUAGUUUUUUUGUUUUUUAAAAGUUUAUUAAUUGGACACUUCUAAUGCAAAGCAUUUAAAUUUGUCUGUUUUGAACCAAAGGCUAAUAAGAUAUUUUUAUAAAUAGGUAUAAUAAAGUAAUUUUCAUUA